AUAAAAAAAGAGAGAAGAAGCUUACACUCUUUUUACUUUUUGCUAAUACUAAAGUUACUAGCAAUAAAUCCUCUUUUUUUAUGUAUAUAUAAACAGAAAGUUCGACUUUUUGUCAUAAAAAAACCAACAAAAUUUCCUGUCGAACCUUCUAAACUAAACAACUCUCUUCCUUUUGAUCUUCUUGUCAGAAAGUUUUAGCUUUCUCUUGUUAAAGGUUUUAGUUCUUGAUUCUUGAUUUUGAGUCCCUUUUGCCCUGUCUGUACUGGCUUCACUUUCAGUUCAAUUGUGUCUUUCGGUUACCACCACAGCAAAAACGUUUGAUGAGAGACGUGAAGAAGAUAAUAACAGACUAAGAUGUGGAAAAAGUUUGUUUUUUUUGGAGUCUUGAAAUUCAGAUAAGUUUCAAAAAUCUGUUGAAUUGACACAACCAGUUCUGGGCAUUUGUUUGUAUUGAUAAAGUUUGGAUCCUUAAUCUUAUCGAUUUCAAGUACAGUGGGAAAUGAUAAAAAAAGAGAUGGCUUUUACUUUGCUUCAUGGGUUUUAGAAAUUACUAGAAGUUUUGACCCAUUUGUCAAUCUUCUAAUUGUGGAUCAGUAACUAUUAGGAUAUGGGAUGCCUGGUGUCUACUCCGCAGGAUUCGGGUGGAAAUCGAAGGAGACCUGGUAGUAUAGGGGAUGUGUCUGUUUAUGUACCUGGUUUUCGGAUACCUAAGCCUGUUGAUUUCUCUCUGUCACUUGGUGAUCAUUUGCCGAAGAAUUUAGUGAAAAGCCUAUCUGCUUUAAGAACUCGUAUCGUAGUUAUGGCUGGCCAAGAAGCACCAACAGUCUCAAGAACAAGAAGAAAAAGUGCUACACAACAUGGAGGUUCAACAUUGGCCGAUCUUCAUCAGGCUCUUGAAGAUUACUUGCCUGUUCUGUUGGGAUUAGUUAAAGAUGGAAGCCAGCUACAACACAAUGUACAAUUUGUGUGGAUGAAUCAAGAGGAUGAAGCAGAGGAAACAGCGAUUUCUAAUGCAUGGUAUGAGGUGUUGUCAGUUUUGCACUUGAUGGCAAUGCUAUCAUUAUCACAGGCCAACUUGUUGCUUCUUCCAAGAACAUCUUCUGAUGGUUACCAGCCAAAAGUAUCUGAAGAGAGCAGGCGAGCAUCAAUUGAUAUUUUCUUAAAGGCUGCAGGAUAUCUGGAUUGUGCUGUCCAGAAUGUGCUCCCACAAUUACCUAAUCCAUUAAGGAAAGAACUGCCAGUGGACCUUGCUGAAGGUGUUCUUAGAGCACUUUGCCUUCAAGCAUUAGGGCAGAGUGUUGACAUCCAACUAGGAAUGGCAAUCGAUAGUGCCAAAGCUACUCUUGCAGUGAAGCGAAGGCUUGCUUGUGAGAUGGUAAAGUACUGGCAGCAGGCUCAAGAUAAUAUAAUGAAUCUUCCAUUAGCAAAUGGUUGGGGGGAGAAGCACCGACUCUUAAUAGAGUGGAAAUAUGUGGAAGCAAAGGCUGCAGCAUACUAUUAUCAUGGCUUAAUCCUUGAUGAGGGGAACACAGAGAAGUCUCAUGGGAUGGCUGUAGCUGCCUUGCAAGCUGCAGAUGAGUAUUUUAAAGAAAGUAAGAGGGCAUGUGAGGCAUUCAAUGCAGCUUCUCCAUUGUCAAGAAAACCGCUGCUUUGGGGAACCAUGAAAUAUCUCUCUGACAAAAUUCCAAAAGAUACUUCUAGCAAAGUGCGGAUAAACCGCGAUCUAUACUCCUAUGAAAAAAUCAUGGAGACAGCACCAACGUUGCCUGAUUUUGCUUUGGCGCUGAAACCUGAUGACUUUCAGCUCCCUCCAGCUGACUCUUCCUGGAACGAGGAGAAUGUAGUUGCUGGACAAGCCAGUUCCAACCAUCUGAGGAGCGAGUGAAGAUAAGCCAUGCUACAUUUCCAGAGAAGAUAGGCACAUGUGGCCUAAAAAUUGUUGAGACAAGGGCGAGUCAACAAGUGAACCAUUCUUCCAUUGGGUGCCAAAUCUACUUUCGGCACACCCUGCUUUCCGCCUCUUUAUUCCCCCCCCCCCCCCCCUCUUUCUUUAUCUUCUCUCAUUGUCAAAGAUCUGUAAGUUAUCAUGCAGUAGAGCUCUGUACAAGUGCCCGUUGUGUGUAAAUUGGAUACUGCCUGAAAUUGAUUUUCUUUUCCAACACCAGAAUAACCGAAUGCCAUUCUCCUCAUUGAACUUGAAGCUAGCAAAAUUUGUCUAGUUUGAUAGAAAGCUGGCGUGUAAAAUUGAUUACAGCUGGUGUAUCUGUGUGCACAGAAUGAAUGGCGUGGGAAAGAAAUAAGGACAAGCAUUUUUUUGCUA